AUGACGUACAUUCCCACACCCUUUCGCAUCUCGACACAGAACUGCAGAGGCCUAAAUACGGCCGAAAAACGCUCCCAUCUCCUACGAGAACUCGCGCAAAAGCAGGUCUCUAUUGCUAUGCUACAAGAAACACAUUUUAAAUCUACAGACAUACACAGGCUGAAAAGCAGACACUACCCAGCCAACUAUCAUAGCACACAUCCAACAGCGCGUAAA